AGAGCUGGUUUUUAGCUUUUGGUUCUUCUUAUAGAUAGUAGUAGUGAAGGGUUUGUGCCAAUAGUUAGAUAUGAUCAAACAGAUAUUUGGGAAAUUGCCUAGAAAGCCUUCCAAAUCCUUGAACAAUGACUCGAAUGGUGAAGGAGGUGUUAACUCUUAUUAUGCUUCGAAUUCGAGUAGUAGUAGUAUUUCGAAACCUUCUUCAACAUCUUCGAAAUCAUCAUCAGCCUCUGGCCCGCGUGUAGCUAAUGGAACUCUUGCUCCUAAUUCAUUGAGCUCUAACAAGACUAAUCAAGGGAAGAAACCAUUGGGAGGAGAUUCUGUUGUACAAGCUGGACCGUUUCCGUCUUCUGGUGGGGUUUAUGAGGCUUUGCCUAGCUUUAGAGAUGUUCCUAUUUCGGAGAAAUCGAAUCUCUUUAUUGGGAAGUUGAGUAUUUGCUGUGUUGUUUUUGACUUUAGUGAUCCGUCGAAGAACCUUAAGGAGAAAGAGAUUAAGCGGCAGACAUUGCUUGAGCUUGUUGAUUAUGUUGCAUCAGUUGGUGUGAAGUUUAAUGAUGUUGCGAUGCAAGAGCUCACGAAGAUGGUAGCGAUUAAUCUGUUUAGAACGUUUCCUUCUGCGAAUCACGAGAGUAAAAUUCUUGAAAUGUAUGAUAUGGAUGAUGAGGAACCUUCGUUGGAGCCAGCUUGGCCUCAUAUUCAAGUUGUGUAUGAGAUUCUGCUCAGAUUCGUGGCUUCUCCCAUGACUGACGCAAAGCUUGCAAAGAGAUAUAUUGACCAUUCCUUUGUCUUGAAGCUGUUAGACUUGUUUGAUUCUGAAGAUCAAAGAGAGAGGGAAUAUUUGAAAACUAUUCUGCAUCGGGUCUACGGGAAGUUCAUGGUGCAUCGACCCUAUAUCAGAAAGGCGAUUAACAAUAUCUUCUACAGAUUCAUUUCCGAGACUGAAAAGCAUAAUGGCAUUGCAGAGUUGCUAGAGAUUCUUGGAAGUAUAAUUAAUGGGUUUGCUUUGCCUUUAAAAGAAGAGCACAAGCUCUUCCUUUUGCGAGCCUUGAUUCCUCUCCACAAGCCUAAAUGUUCAUCGGUCUAUUUCCAACAGCUUUCCUCAAAGGAAGUUAUGUUUCUUGGAGAGUUAGAAGAAGUCUUGGAAGCAACGCAAGCCGCUGAGUUUCAGCGUUGUAUGGUCCCUUUAUCGCGACAAAUUGCUCGAUGCCUCAACAGUUCGCAUUUUCAGGUUGCUGAAAGAGCAUUGUUUCUAUGGAACAACGAUCACAUAAGAAACCUGAUCACUCAGAACCAUAAAGUGAUAAUGCCUAUAGUCUUCCCAGCUCUUGAGAGAAAUACGCGAGGACACUGGAACCAAGCAGUUCAAAGUCUGACUAUAAACGUGAGGAAAGUAUUCUGCGACAUUGACCAAGUUCUUUUCGACGAGUGUUUAGCCAAAUUCCAAGUAGAAGAAGAGAAUAAAACAGAGGUUAAAGCGAAACGGGAAAGAACAUGGCAGCGGCCCAGGUUUAUUUGGAAAUUGAUGGAUGAAUCUCUGGAGAAUCAAACUCAAACACAUGACCAAGAGGACGAAAUAGUUACUGAAGGAAGUGCUGUUGUGCAUGGUGAGCCAUCUCAAGAUGGUAGUGUUCCUCCUAAAGUUGAUAGUGAAGCUGAGGUUUUGGAUGAGAAAGUCAGUAAGCAGAUUAUAAAGGAAGGUCACGGUUCCAAACCAUCCAAGUACUCUACAUGCUUUUUGCACUACAGGGCAUGGACCAAAAACUCGCAGCACAAAUUUGAGGAUACAUGGCAAGAGCAGCAACCUAUUGAAUUGGUUCUUGGAAAAGAGAAAAAAGAAUUGGCCGGUUUGGCCAUCGGUGUUUCUAGCAUGAAGUCUGGUGAACGUGCGCUUGUGCAUGUUGGCUGGGAAUUGGCUUAUGGGAAAGAAGGAAACUUUUCUUUUCCGAAUGUUCCACCUAUGGCGGACUUGUUAUAUGAGGUUGAAGUUAUUGGAUUUGAUGAAACAAAGGAGGGAAAGGCUCGCAGUGAUAUGACUGUGGAGGAAAGGAUUGGUGCAGCGGACAGAAGAAAAAUGGAUGGGAAUUCUCUGUUUAAGGAGGAGAAACUGGAGGAGGCCAUGCAACAGUAUGAAAUGGCCAUAGCAUACAUGGGGGAUGAUUUUAUGUUUCAGCUGUAUGGGAAGUAUCAGGAUAUGGCUUUAGCAGUUAAAAACCCAUGCCACCUAAACAUAGCAGCUUGCCUCAUCAAGCUAAAACGAUACGAUGAAGCAAUCGGUCACUGCAACAUUGUGUUGACAGAAGAAGAGAAAAACCCAAAAGCAUUGUUCAGAAGAGGGAAGGCAAAGGCAGAGCUAGGACAAAUGGACUCAGCACGUGAUGAUUUCCGAAUGGCACAAAAGUAUGCUCCUGACGACAAGGCGAUUAGAAGAGAGCUACGAGCACUUGCAGAGCAAGAGAAAGCUUUGUACCAAAAGCAGAAAGAAAUGUACAAAGGAAUAUUCAAAGGGAAAGAAGAAGGCGGUGCUAAGGCAAUGAGCCGUAACUGGUUGAUACUGUUAUGGCAAUGGACGAGCUGUCCUUUAGCUCUAGCUUCUUACUACCUCGCGAACGGAACAACUCUCUCCGCCAUCAACCAAAACCUCAAUUCUUCAAUCGCGCCUUACGAUCAAGUCAAUUUCGAUCCAAUCCUUAGGUACAACCCGAACAUUAGAGACAAAGAUAGAAUCCAGAUGGGUUCUAGGGUUCUUGUACCUUUCCCUUGCGAAUGUCAACCUGGUGAUUUUCUAGGGCACAAUUUCAGCUACAGUGUUCGACAAGAAGAUACUUAUGAAAGAGUGGCGAUUAGGAAUUACGCGAAUUUAACGACGGUGGAUUCGUUGCAGGCGAGGAAUCCUUUUCCGGCGACUAAUAUACCUCUCUCUGCGACGCUUAAUGUGUUGGUGAAUUGUUCUUGUGGUGAUGAGAGUGUUUCUAAGGAUUUUGGUUUGUUUGUUACUUAUCCACUUCGUCCUGAGGAUAGUCUCAGUUCGAUUGCGAGAUCUUCCGGUGUAUCGGCGGAUAUUCUGCAGCGGUAUAAUCCUGGUGUUAAUUUUAACUCAGGGAGUGGAAUCGUUUAUGUGCCGGGAAGAGAUCCAAGUGGUGCAUUUCCAGCUUUCAAAUCAAGUAAACAAGGUGGUAUUGGUACUGGAAUUAUUGCUGGUAUAGUUGUAGGAGUGAUUGUGGCUUUGUUGUUAAUCUUGUUUAUCAUAUAUUAUGCUUACCGGAAGAGCAAGUCGAAGGGUGAUUCGUAUUCAUCUUCUAUUCCGUUGUCUACUAAGGCUGAUCUUGCUUCUUCUACUAGCCUCCAAAGUGGAGGCUUGGGUGGUACUGGAGUAUCUCCUGGCAUUGCUGCCAUAAGCGUGGACAAAUCUGUUGAGUUUACGUUGGAGGAGCUCGCAAAGGCUACUGAUAAUUUCAAUCUGUCUUUUAAGAUUGGUCAAGGUGGUUUUGGGGCUGUUUACUAUGCAGAGCUGAGAGGAGAAAAAGCUGCGAUCAAGAAGAUGGACAUGGAGGCGUCGAAACAGUUCUUGGCGGAACUAAAAGUCUUAACGCGUGUACAUCAUGUCAACCUGGUUCGCCUGAUUGGAUAUUGUGUUGAAGGAUCUCUUUUCUUGGUGUAUGAAUAUGUUGAGAAUGGCAACCUUGGACAACAUUUACAUGGGUCAGGACGAGAACCGCUACCGUGGACUAAGAGAGUGCAGAUUGCACUAGACUCAGCUAGAGGUUUAGAAUAUAUCCACGAGCACACGGUUCCUGUUUAUGUCCACAGGGACAUUAAAUCUGCCAAUAUUUUGAUAGACCAGAACUUCCGAGCAAAGGUUGCUGAUUUCGGGUUAACAAAACUGACAGAAGUUGGAGGUUCAGCAACUCGUGGUGCAAUGGGUACAUUUGGCUACAUGGCACCAGAGACUGUUUAUGGAGAAGUGUCUGCAAAAGUAGAUGUAUACGCAUUUGGAGUUGUCCUUUACGAAUUGAUUUCUGCUAAAGGCGCGGUUGUCAAAAUGACCGAAGCCGUUGGUGAAUUUAGAGGCCUCGUUGGUGUGUUCGAAGAAGCAUUCAAGGAGACCGACAAAGAAGAAGCACUACGCAAGAUUAUAGACCCGAGGCUCGGUGAUAGCUACCCAUUUGAUUCGAUGGCGGAAUUAGGGAAAGCUUGUACGCAAGAGAAUGCGCAGCUACGUCCGAGUAUGAGAUACAUUGUGGUUGCUUUAUCCACUCUUUUCUCGUCAACUGGAAAUUGGGAUGUUGCAAAUUUCCAAAACGAUGAUUUAGUCAGUCUUAUGUCUGGCCGGUAGAGAGUUUCCGGUUUGCUGUUAUAUAGAAAUGAUUGUUUUUUUGGUAUGCUCACGUAUAUUGUCUAUACGAACUUUAACAUGUCACAAGUUGACUUUUAUAUGAUUUUCUAUAACUAUCUGUCAAAUUAUUCAGCGUCUCCGAUCUCAGCAUCUCACGUCAAAGAAAUGCAUUAAAAUUUU